AGGCCACCUAAUCCCCGCGCUCCAAGCCCACCACCUACUGGUCAAACAACGUCGUCGUUUAAUGUUUUCUCUCGCCUUCACCGCCAUCCCUGAUGCGACCACCACUACUGAGCUUCAAAUUUUCUCCUCUUCGGAGUAGGGUUUUCGCUCAUUACACUCCGAGCUUUCGGAACAAUCAUCAAUUCUGUUUUGUAAUUGGAUUGUGAUUUCACUUCGUGAUACGCAAUGCCCUCGGAUUCGAAUUCCUCAUCAUCGAAUCCCUCCUCCGACAGAGAUGAUGGGAACCCUAAUACUGAUCCGAGUUCGGAACCGGAGCCGGAGGUGGAGCCUAAUAAGAAUCCCCACUUGAUUGACCAAUCGCUUGAUGCCCUUGAGAAUCAAUUGGCCUCAAUCUCAAUGUCCUCGCGUUCCCCGACGGCGACGUUUGACGGUGAAGAUGAAGAAGAAGAGGAAGAGGAAGUGGAAGAGGAGGCGGAGUCGCGGGAGCAGCCAACGACCAUAAAUGGAUCGUUGAGUGAAGAAAUUGGAGCUGAAGGAGAUGCUGAUUUCGUUGAGGAUCAGCAUUUCGAGAGUGAUUCGAAGGCGGAGUCUUCGGGAGUUAAUGAGGAGAAAAUUUCCUUCAUGUGGCGGGAUGUUCCGGAGGUAGAUGAGGUUGAGCGGCCGCUGAGUCCGGGAAGCAGCGGCUAUGCUGGUGAGAUGGGGAGCACCAGCGGAGGCGAUGAAAUCAUUGAUGAUGACGAAGAUGAUAGUGAGAUUCGAGGGGCCGAAAAUGAUGGGGUUUCAGGGUCCCAUAGUCAGUGGGUAUCCGGGAAACGGCAUGCCGAUGAAGAUGAUGCUUCGGUUUCUUGGAGGAAAAGGAAGAAACACUUCUUUAUAUUGAGUCACUCUGGGAAACCCAUUUAUUCAAGAUAUGGGGAUGAACACAAGCUAGCUGGUUUCUCUGCAACUUUGCAAGCCAUUAUUUCCUUCGUUGAAAAUGGGGGAGAUCGGGUCAAUUUGGUUAGAGCUGGUAAACACCAGGUUGUUUUUCUUGUGAAAGGACCAAUUUACUUGGUCUGCAUAAGUUGCACAGAAGAACCUUAUGAAUCAUUGAAGGGUCAGCUGGAGUUACUGUAUGGUCAGAUGAUAUUAAUCCUGACUAAGUCUGUGAAUCGUUGUUUUGAGAAGAACCCAAAAUUUGAUAUGACAUCACUGCUUGGGGGAACUGACGCUGUCUUCUCGUCUCUUAUCCAUUCUUUGAGCUGGAAUCCUGCCACUUUUCUUCAUGCCUACUCAUGUCUUCCCCUUGCUUAUGCUACUCGUCAAGCUGCGGCUUCCAUCUUACAAGAUGUUGCUGGCUCAGGAGUCUUAUUUGCACUCUUGAUGUGCAAACACAAGGUCAUCAGUCUUGUUAGCGCCCAAAAAGCAUCUCUUCAUCCUGAUGAUAUAUUGUUACUCUCCAACUUUAUCAUGUCCUCUGAAUCUUUCAGGACAUCGGAGUCUUUCUCACCAAUUUGCCUGCCAAGAUACAAUCCCAUGGCAUUUCUUUAUGCUUACGUGCAUUAUUUUGACAUUGAUACAUACCUGGUAUUGCUCACCACAAGUUCCGAUGCCUUCUAUCAUUUAAAAGAUUGCAGGAUUCGGAUUGAGAUUGUACUCUCGAACUCGAAUGUACUGAGUGAAGUUCAAAGGUCAUUGGUUGAUGGUGGCAUGCAUAUUGAGGAUUUGCUUGUGGAACCCACUUCUCGUGCUGGCGCCGUUUCUUCUCAUUUAGGUCAACCAAGACCUGGUGUAGGUUCCCCAGGGAGAACGGCAGACGGCUUUCUAGGGAUUGGUGGUCCAGCUGGACUAUGGCAUUUCAUAUACAGAAGUAUUUAUCUUGACCAAUACGUGUCAUCUGAGUUUUCGACGCCAAUCAACAGCUUGAGACAGCAAAAAAGAUUAUAUAGGGCGUAUCAGAGACUUUAUGUAUCCAUGCAUGAAAAAGGAAUAGGACCUCACAAAACCCAGUUCAGAAGAGAUGAAAAUUAUGUGCUACUUUGCUGGGUCACACAAGAUUUCGAACUUUAUGCAGCUUUUGAUCCCCUCGCAGACAAGGCUCUUGCAAUAAAAGUAUGCAACCGGGUUUGUCAAUGGGUGAAAGACGUGGAAAAUGAAAUCUUCUUAUUGGGAGCAAGCCCGUUUUCGUGGUGAUUCUCGCAUAUAUAUUCUGUACACUGGCAUGUAUUCUAGUCCUAUUGCUCUAUUGUUACUAUACUUGCGCCUCCCCUAUCAAAUUUUGCCUAUUUUUUUUCUUGGCCUAAAUUAUUGAUGCAUGGUUGUAUACCGAUUGUUAAGCGAAAAAGGCAAAAAAUUGUAGGAUUUUGAUUUGCAGACCCAUCAUGUAACGAGCACUUAUACCAAUUAUCGGUGUAGGGUUAUUUUAAUUUUUUUACUUUGUUAAUUAUUAUUGUGAAUUCUGCAGAGUUUCUGGACUUGAAAUAGGGUUUCUGUUUUAGAGUU